ACAUGGUCUGCCAACAGCCUGAUGCUCCAAGUGGAAAUAAAUGAGACUCAUGUUGGCAGAGUUUUUUGAGAAUCUGAGCUGUAACCUUUGAGAGACAGAUAUAUGUUUUCUCUUCGUGAUGCUGGAAACUACCUUUCAGGAACUAGGAAUUUAACUGCAAGCCCUUCCCAGGGCUGGAAUCUGAAGGGAAGAAAAUAUUCCAGCAGAGGCUUCUGGGAUUGAAAAGAGAGAGGGAGAAAAAAGAAGCCGCAGUAAACAACAUUAAUUUAAUUCAAAGUGCAUCUGAGAAAGGGACAAGCUUUAUACUCAGCAUGGCCCAGAUUUUCCAGCUGCACUUUGGAAUCGGCCUAUGGACAGCUCUGGCUCUCUGUGUCUGCGCUGGAUCCCGGAGACAAACAGAUGAGCAACUUCAUCUCAAGGAUCUUGCAGAUACAGGUAGUGGAGAGAAUACAAACAUCUUAUUAGAGUUACUUUGGGGAGGGAUUGAAAUCAUGGCCAAUGAGACUGUCAAGAUUCAGGAUGAAGAACUGGCCUCCUUGCGUCCUGCCAAACGAUUACUCCAGAUCCUUCAGCGUGAUAUUCCGAAAAACCCAGCUGGGAUUGAGGAACACCUGGAUUAUCUGUCACAGUCAGACAUCCCGAUAACGCCAAAGGAAUUUGAGCAGCUCAUCUUCACCACUGUCUACUGUGCUUACCAGGUUCGCGCCAACCACGGCCUGGAGAAGAAUCUGUGGAUCAACCUUUUCUCCCAGCUGGUAAUUGAAAUCGUCCGUGAGGUCUGCAAAAGCUUUUGUCCUCAGGAGUCGAUGGACUCAAUUCAGCUCCUGGCCUCCAGACCUUGGCAGGAAAUGCCUGUCUAUAUUAGUGCACUGAAGAAAUUCUAUCAGUCCAGCCUGGCCAUGACCCAUAGAGAUCAAGGGGACUCUUGGGCAUAAAGGGCAACUUUGGUCCUACAAUUCAUUUAUGCAAAUCAACAUAUAAUCUAAGGCUUUGCACAGAAGUAUCAUCCUUCUUGUCCCAUUUUCUCUAGUAUGUUAAGGAAUGUCCUAACUCAGGUGUAGUGAACCUUUGGCACUCCAGAAGUUAUGGGCUACAAUUCCCACAGCCCUGUGUCAUUGGCAAUACACAGGUUGGGGAUUCUAAAAAUCUGAAGUGCCAAAGUGUCACCAACCUCUGUUCUAGCCCUUUCUUUUUUUAUUUAUAUGACUAACUAAAUUCUUAAGGCUUAGGUCCUAGGCUUUGAACUAUGACCUAGUCAUACAAAUCCAAAAAGACUUCAGGACUUUUGCCGCUGUAUUUUUUAUGGUACAAAAAUUGGCCACUCUGGCCUUCUUGAGUUUUCUUUUCAUUCUUUCUUUUCCCUUUUUGGCGAUCAAUUUCAGCCAGUAUAGCUAAAGGUAAGGAAUUACUGGAGCCCGAAACAUCUCGGAGGCCACAUUUGCCCACCUCUGUUACAAGACAUGUCGUUAGAUAGUCCUUUACACUUCCCAUUGGGAAAUACUGAGUGGUUGGAUUUCAGGUGAAAGUGGGGCUCCAUGCCCCUGCUGCCCCUCGGUGGAUAUUGUCAAGAGAAUAUGGUACUUUUUUUGAACAGGAAGUGACAGUGACAAGGAAUCAGAUGUGUGUUUGUGGGGGUGUCAUUCUCAAGGUUGCUAAGCCACAUGGGUGUUGUAGGGUAGAGAAAAC